AUGAACACAACGCUGGACGACCUGGGUGUUGCCAAGCGCCCAGCGCGUCGGCCGCACCGAGUUGUACACCUUCUUCUCUGCGCUGGUCUUUUGGCCGCUGGCAUCGCGGGUGUCGUGCUGCUCGUUCUCUACUUGGCGGAGCCGGCAACCGCCACCAGCUCGGACGGGCCACUCAUGCGCUACUUGGAGAGCGCGGGUCCGUUCUCCGGUCAACUUUAUUAUUUUCUUCCCGUCGGCUUCAACGGCUCUGUCGCGGCGAAUGCGUCGGGCUCGCUCUUCGCAACCGGGCACGGCAACUUUGAUUACGACAUCAACAUGACCCAAGGAGCGACCGUCCAGCGCUACACGAUGGUAUCCGGCGCCCUCUACGUCAGCGUCGUCGAAGGCGCAUCACAAGUGUCGGUCACGUGCGGCUCUGCAUCAACGCUACCGUCGAUGGCGUCGGUGGUCGCCGCGAUCCAAACUGCGACACAGUCCAAUGACGUCUCGGCGUGUGACGCUGGCUACAUCGCGUACGCCACGACGUUCUUGGGGGCUCCGAUGACAAUCUGCCAAAGCAUAGAACUUGGCAUCACAAAAGCGAUAUCACCAACCCUAGUUGUUGCAUUGGCCCGAAAUACGUCGAUGACGCCGCCCGUGUCACCUCGUCAGUCGCUCGCCUGCCCCUCGCUGUCCGAGGCGCUGGUCACCAACACAACGAGGUCGCCCUGUGCAUGUCGAUCAGGGCGGCGACCCUGUCUUUUCUUUCACGGCGCCGGCGUCGCAAACGAGUCAUCGAGCCUUCUCGCAUCAUACGCUGCCUACUGGGGCAACGACCUCGUCGACGCGGCACCGUGCUGCUCGUCGCUUCAGUUUGCGCGCUUCGAUACGACAACCGUGCCGUGGACGUCGUCAGUUCUGCAACAGAAAUUUUGUGCGUCAAUGCUCUCGGUGGCCAAUACCACGGGCAGCGUCGGUCGGCUCAUCGUCGUUACGCACUCGAUGGGCGGCCUUGUGCUGGGCCUCGCCCUCGCCAACGGCGUCUGCUCGUUCAGCGCCGAGACAAAAUGGGUCGCCCUCCACACACCCAUGGGCGGCAGUCCCGUCUUGAACAUGCUGCUCAAAUCUUGUGCGAUACCCAGCCUCUCCUCCGUGCUCGGGCUUCUCGGCCGGUGUCCGAUCGCGCCGACAUUCGCGUACAUGUACGAGGCCGGGAGCUGGGAAGCCACCGCGCUCGGCUUGAACAGCUACUACACAAGAGCGCAAGGCAGCUACAAGCGCUACGCCGACGCUGUGCUCUGCGGUCAAAGUCCCGUCGGUCUCUGGACAUCCGCGUCCGGAAUCAUGACAGCGAUCAAUGCACUGGCCGCUCCGUCGACGCCCCACGACGGCCUUGUCGCGUUUGCAAGCUGCACAAGAGGUCUCGACCCGACAGCCUUUAGCGCCUCGUACAAGAGCAGGUUUUACGCAGCCGAGAUCAACCACCUCGAUGGUAGCUUUCGCCACGGCGACGGCAUGUGGGGCACGGCGCGUCAACCACUGCACUGGUUUAGCUGUCUCUACUAG